CCUCCCCCACCAGUCUCCUCUUCUCAAGGCUGAACAUACUCGGUUCUGAGCCAACAUUGCCGGCUCCUGUUGCGCUUGUGACCUGGAACAAACCUGAGGUCCUUCUCACUUCCAGGAUUGUUGAGCCAAGUAUUCCCCAUCUUCUUAGUGGUGCAUUUGGUGGAGGACUUGGGCAUUUGUCCCUGUUGAGUUUCAUUCUGUCGUUCUCUGCACAGCCUUCUAACCUACUGAGAUCACCCUGGGUCUUCUCUCUGUCUUUCAGGGAUGCAUGCAUGUGUGCCUUACAGGAGGGUGCACCUUCUAAUCCUUUGGGUCUCCCUCUCUUUAGUGCAGGCCUCAGAGCUCAGUGUGUCCUUAGAGCUCCUCAAGAGUCGCUGUAUUGUGAUAAAUAACCCUGCCAUGAAGAAAGGACCAAAAGCAACAACAGACACACAGAUCUGAAAAUCAGCACAUGCUCUAAAGUUUCACUGUAUGCAUGUCUUUAAAGGGCCUUGUCUUCCAAGAGCAUCCCAAUUUGUAGAAAGUGAUGUACGGAGAAGUAGAAGGCAUUUGAUUGCCGGAGGGGAAAAAACCUCAGGCAGAAAUAUGGAGGGGGGAGCAUCAACCCUAAGAAUUUAUUUUAAGUUAUUGUAAUUGUCUGUACCUGUUUUAAAUUUGGUUUUAAAUUUUGUAGGGUAAGUUUUUUAUGAUAUUUUAGUAUGGUGCAUUUUAAUGUGCUGUUGUGAACUACCUGGAGGGCCUUGACUAUUGGGCAGUAUAGAGAAUGAAUAAAUAUUGCUAUAUCCUUCCCUGAGAAUACUUAUAUUGACACUGUCAUGAUGAAAAAUGCGUAUCAUGGCUGUUCACAGAAAGUAGUAUAGGUGGUAGCAUAUGUCAAACAGCAAUGUUGUAAAAUUUAAUAUGCCUUCUAAAUAGUUCUUUUGCUUUUUCUUUACAUUUAAUUAGUAGGAGGGGCUUGGAAUCCAAAGCAAGAUGCAUUUUUCAUCCAACUUUUUUUAAGGGGGGAAAAAGGGAUGGAGAAGUCCAUGCGUCUUUGAGAGGUGUUUGGAAAAAGUGAAGGGUGGGAUUUAUAUAGAAAUGGAAAUCCCAUAAUAUUUAAGACUUCAAUAGUGAAGCUAUCACUAAAGGGAAGAAAUAAGGCACCUUUAAUAGCUUAAAGGAAGAGGUAGGGGGAAGGGUUUAUUGGGUAGAAAGGAGAAGCUAAAGUACAUUCAUUAAUAAAUGAGAGAAGAGGAUGGAAUUUAAUGGAUCAGCUGCACAAUUUCUUUCCCCUUGCUAUUCAGCAGGCAAAUCUAGGCAGACGCUCCAGCACAGCAUCUGAUUGAGAUUAAAGAGAAAGGAGACAUGUGAGCUUCGACUUGAAUUGCAGAACAUUUGUUGUAGGCAAAGUCAGCCUGAGUCAUGGUGAGGUAGAAAAAUCUCUUGAUGUUGCCUACUUUCUUGUGAUGUGGGGCAGGGCAGGAAUAAGAAUUCUAAGUGUUCUUCAACUGGAAUGUUCAGACUGCUCUGCAUAUAUUCUCAGAGCCUCUGGCCCUUCCCUCUGCAUUGAAAAGGUGCCGUGCCAGGCAGCUCGCACAGCUUCUGCAAAGACUGAAAAAGGGACCCUCGGAAGGCAGCGUAGGGUUCAGGCGUUUAGCCGCUGUGCUGGGCUGGAUCUCUUACUGUAGCAUUAGCUUUCUCAUUGUGGGCAUUGACUUCCACUUGACCCCUGACACCCCAAUGCAGCUGCAGCUGAUGUCUGAAUACACCAGGGGAGGAUGGAAGUCAGCCUGUGCAGCUUCCUAAAAGAUUAAGUCUAGGCAAGAGGAUAAUCUUCUGCCAUCUUUUCCAUCGAUCGUGCUAAUAGCCAGUUGUAUCAUAGGAGCUUGGGACUAAUAAUUGUGUAUUAACUAUCUUAUGUUGCCCCUGAACUUUAAAACUCAGUUUGAGUAAAAGCUACUCCAGAAAGAUGGUUAAGAUCUGGCCAGUCCUCUGGGGAAGAGAAACCCAAAAUAUAGAGAUUGCAGCUAGUGUGGCCUUCUGGAGUCAAUUUGGCGCACACAAAAUACUUGAAAGAGCAUUAUCAAUCUAUCCCAGAGAUUGUGCAGAAAUGUAAUGCUAGCGGCAGUCAUUGUCUUGCCAAAACUGGAAUAUGGGGCACUCUGAGCAGAGUCCUUUACUGGCCUCGUAGGUUUGGAAGUGGAUCCUGCACUUUUAGGCUGUGCUCGCCUAGUUUGCUUCACAUCCCAAAUGAUACGAGUCUUCUCUGUAGUGUCUCUACUAUUUUUGCUCUGGGUUUUAAAGUUCUUUGACUCUGAUGUUUUUGUGAAAGCAUAAACUAGUGUCAUUCCCCUGCAAAUCUGAAAAUGCAUUUUGCAGGUGUAUAUAAAUCUCAUGUUGAUCUGGGCAUUUCCACGGAAGUUUUUCAUGGCAUUUAUGCCAUUUUGUUUUAACAGCUUCCCUCAAGGUUACAUUAAACUGAAUUGGUUGAGAAAUCCCCAGCUGCCUAUAGUCUCGUCUUACUGGCAGCCUGAUUAAAACAAUGUGAAUUAGAAAAUGGGAAAAACACAUGUCAGGUAAAUGCUCUGUAAAUGGUAUUACAUUGAUUACAUGGUAAUCAAUAUAAAUGGUAAAACUGAUGGGAACAAAGAACACAGCUGGCCAUUGGUUUUGGUGGCAAUUGUACAAGAAAUGUAAAUUAUCAUAAACUGGUUUGCUGGCUUCCCCACAAGGAACUCUGGGAAUUAUAGUUUCAAAGACUAUCUAGAAAGUGACACAUCCAAAUGAUCCUUAAAUCAGUUUAUGACACAAUCCUGUGCUUGUUUAAAAUGGAAAAAUGAUGUAUAAUUCCCAGCAUUCCUUAGGCUUUUUCUGUUCAAACAAGCAUAGGAUUGAAUCCUGAAAGUUUUAAUUAUGUAUGCAUUCCCGGUAACGUUUGUUCUUUGACUUUUCUUGCACUGGUAAUCCAACUCUGGUCGCUUUUUCAUCUUUGAAACAUUUGCUUACAGUAUCUUUUGGUUCCCAGUGAAGUAAUCGUAAUAGUUAUUAUCUUUCUUAUAAGAUGAUUCAGGAUGUUUCCUUCUACAUUUUGUGAAUGGUUCUUUUAUUGUUUCAAAGGUAAUACUUACGGUGCUGCCCAUGAGAUGGAAUUCUUUCUUAGGUCUUCUUUCAAGGAAAUAAGUUUCUCCAUUACUUUUAUGCCCUGGAACCAGACAUGCUUCUUGGCCAGGGUGUUAGGAGAGUGUUUGUUUGUGAUCUCCUGAUUAACUUCUGAACCGUCAGCGUGGCUAUUUUUAGCAAGGGUGGCUUCUCUGGUUCUGUUCUAGGGAAAUUCUUGGAACUUGUUUCAGAGGGAGGGAGAAUAUCUUAGAAGGUCCAGGAGAGUGCUAAGAGUAGUGUAUAAUAUCCUGAUCUUGUUUCUCUGCUCUUUGGUUCCCUCUCCACUGCCACGUUGAUAAGAACCGAGCUGUUGAAAGUAAAUUUCGAGCAACUGGGUUUGUGGCUGUUGUACCUUGGAUGUCAUUUAUGGAAAUCAGAGUAGGGCCCUUAAAUCUAAACCUGUCUUAUUUGGUGAAUACAGGCCUGGAUGUACUCAAAACAGAGGCUUGGCUGAGAAAUUCCCAAAUGUCCUCGGCCGAGUAAUCCUUAGUUUUCCAGGGAACUGGAUGUCACCGAGUGAGGUUGUGAAACACAAGGAAUGUUGCUACCUGCCUCGAUUCAUGGGGUUAUUUCACCCAGAGGACGUCUUAGCAGGAGGGAAAGAAUGGCUUGGUUUUUGGACUCCUCUGUUCUAUGUUUUUGUUGGUUUGCAGGUAAUGCUUGGCACAGGUGAUGCUUCCUGACACCAGUUCCCUCUGAGGCUCCCUGCUUAGUGCAAACAGUUCUUUGCUGUUACUGUUGAAUCGGCAAACUGUGGCUUGUGCAAAACAGGUGGUUAGGAAGGGGAAGAACAGACUGCAUGAGCCCAGGACUUGUCUAAUGACACGUGAACCAGGGGGUUGGACAGGACCAAAAUGCCAUUGGAUUCCCCUUGUUCACAGAGGGGGCUUUUGCCUCAUCACUCCCAGGGAGAAACCCAGAACAUGGGGUGCCAAAAGCCAGAGAAGGGUCCAUUGUGGGGCAAAGUAAGUUCAGGUGAUGCAAGCAGGUGACCCCAUCGCAUUGCUCCAAAUAGCUCACUCUGGCAGAAGCUUCCUCCUCCUCACAUCCUCAGCCCAGUGGCUUUUGUGAGAAGCUGAUUGGAUUUCCUCAGUGAGAGAACAGACAACGACGGACAAGCUCCCCUGUUUUCCCACUUCAUGUAGCUGUAGCGGACAGGGCGAAAAUGCCUUGUGUAGAAUUGCCUACCAGGUAGCAUCCCCUUGGACCAUGUGAGGAUCUUGCAGCUGACGUGCAGCGGGAGACUAGCUGAACAUACACACGUUUUCCUUACAUUUGGCUUCUUCGUGGGUGUUUGCUUUCAGAUCCUGUUGGAACAGGCAGUUCUACCCCAGAAAGGAUGACAGGCCAUUGUUAGAUGACUAAUGAUACUUGACCGCCACAGUAAAGAUUUCAUUGAAAACAAACUGCACCAGUGAUUUGCUUGCCCGCACUCACUUCAAUCCAGAUUUUCUAUUUUGUACAUACAUUGUUUUGUAUAUACUGUAUAUGAUGACUUCAGUGGGCAGUGAACGUCCUCGGGGCACUCGAGACAAAGCGCAGAUUUCCCCCACGCAGCUGACACAACCACAGAAACCAGUAGUACAGGCUACAGCAGAACAAAUUCGCCUUGCACAGAUGAUUUAUGAUAAGAAUGAUGUGGACUUUGAGGAUAAAGUGAAGCAGCUUAUGGAAGUGACUGGGAAAAAUCAGGACGAUUGCAUAGUGGCUCUGCAUGACUGCAAUGGAGACGUGAACAGAGCCAUCAAUAUCUUGCUGGAAGGAAACUCGGACACAUUAGAGCAGAAGAGAAUGGCGUGGAUACCAGCCAAGGAGACAGGCCUUCAGAUCGUGGGAAGCGUGGCAGAGGGAGAGGAUUUGGACGUGGCCGAGGAAGAGGAGCAGGGAGGUUUUCAGCCCAAGGCAUGGGGAGCAUGGAAGAACUCAAUAGAAGAAUGGACGGCUGAAGAGUGGAAUGAAGAUCUUUCAGAAACAAAGGUCUUCACUGCUUCAUCUGUUCCCGCUGAGAACCACGCUGCUCCUGGCCAAAGCAUUGACCUGGUGACGCUGCUUCAGAAGCCCGUGACGUCUAGUCAGGAAGCAGAGGCAAACUCCUUCGAAACUCCGCAACAGCAAGGUUUCGGUCAGGCUUUGGUCUUCACGAAUUCCCAGCACAACUCGCAGCUGGCCUUGGGAACAAGCAGCACGAGCCCCGGGAACUCCUGUUCUCCUCAGAGCCUGUCCUCAGUCCUGUGUUCGGGAUUUGGAGAGCUUGGUUCUGCAAAAUUGGCCAACUCCACUGGAUCUCCGAUUUUAGAGCAGCUGAAACCUCCAGCUUUGGGCCAGUUCACCUCACAGAGUUCUCUCAGUACAAGCUCCUCCGUUGCCACAACCACGGCAUCAUCCUGGGACGUAAAACCUUCCGUUUCACAAUCUUCUGUCCUCAGUCAGUUUGACUUCAAAUCUCAGCCUGAACCGUCCCCAGUUCUGAGUCAGCUGACACAGCGGCAGCAGCAGACGACGACGACGACCGUGGCAGCCCCUGCCCCUCCUCCCGGACUGGAGUCCUUUUCUCCACAAAAGGUGCGGGAGUCAACACUGGUAGAAAACUCGGUGGCUCCCAGCAAAAUGCUGCCCCUCCCCAGAUUGUCUCCAGAGAGCCAGCCAGGACUGGCCCAUCAGGCCCAGCAGAAGCAGAUGAAGCCGCCGAAACGGAGGAUACCCCCAGCUUCGAAGAUUCCAUCUUCGGCUGUGGAGAUGCCUGGAUCGGCAGAUGUGUCGGGGUUAAAUGUGCAAUUUGGCGCCCUGGAGUUCGGGUUGGAGCCUUCACUGUCAGAGUUCGGAUCUCCGCCAAGCUAUGAGAACACCAGCCAGACACCCAACAGCAUCAUGUACCCAACGCCUGUAAAUGAUCCUUUGAAUACCUCUUUGCCAAUGUCCAAUACAGUACAGGAGUCCACCUACACCACCCCCGCCAUCACCUCUGCCAGCCUGAGCUGCUCUUCCCAGAGCACCAGUCCUGUCACAACCGCUUCCUCCUAUGACCAGGCCUCUGUGCAUGGCAGGCUCACACACCAGGGCUGCGUGCCGCCCUCAGAAUCCGCCCCAGCUGUCGUCACAAAUGGACACAGCAGUAUUCGAACACAACCAACCCUGGACACUGCUUCGUCAGUUCCAGCAUCUCAGACAGAGCCCUCUCCUCCGUCGCUCCCCACCAAAGGCUCCUCCUUGCCUAGCACCACGGCCGCCACUGCUUUGCUUCUGCCUUCAGCACCCCCACACACUGCAGCGCUCCCGAGCUUGCCCCAGCCAAAUGACCUGGCUGGCAGCUCACUCUCCCAGCUAAGCAGUUCCCUCUCGAACCAUCCGACCAGCCUUUCGUCUGCCUCAGCUCUGGCUUCACCCACGUCUCACACGCUCGCCACCUCCGAAGCCUCUGCCGUGCUCCUGCCUCCCACGACCUUCUCCGUCACUUCGACCUUGGCCACGAGCUCUCCGGUUUCCAGCAUGGCCAGCACUACCCACAGCCUGGGCCUGAACGUGACCAGCGUGUCCCUCCAAGCUCCCACCGCACGGGCGGCUCCCUUGGUGUCUUCAGGGAAAGCUCCUCCCAACCUGCCGCAAGGUGUGCCGCCCCUGUUGCAUAACCAGUAUAUUGUGGGACCCGGAGGACUCCUGCCAGCCUACCCACAGAUUUACGGUUAUGAUGAUCUUCAAAUGCUCCAGUCCAGGCUGCCUGUGGAUUACUAUGGAAUUACAUUCCCUGCUCCUGCAACCUUGACAGGCAGAGAAGGAAGCCUUGCUAACAAUCCUUACUCAGGUGAAGUAACGAAAUUCGGCCGUGGGGACGCGGCCUCACCUGCUCCCGCCACCACCCUGGCUCAGGCCCAGCAGAGCCAGACGCAGGCGCACCACACGGCCCAGCAGGCCUUCCUCAACGCCACGCUGCCGCCCGGGUACAGCUACACGGGGCUGCCCUAUUAUGCCGGCGUGCCGGGAGUCCCCAGCGCAUUCCAGUACGGGCCCACCAUGUUUGUCCCUCCGGCAUCGGCCAAGCAGCACGGCGUCGGCCUGAACGCCGCCUCGACGCCCUUCCAGCAGCCCAGCGGCUACGGCCAGCACAGCUACGGAGCAGGCUACGACGACCUCACGCAAGGAGCGGCCGCGGGAGACUACGGCAAGGGAGGCUUCGCGGGGGCCUCUCAAGCGCAGAGCAAGGCGUCUGGCAGCGGGCCAGGGAAAGGUGUUUCUGUGACCUCAAGUAACACAGGUGUGCCUGAUAUCAGUGGCUCUGUCUACAACAAGACGCAGACGUUCGACAAGCAGGGCUUCCACACAGGCGCGCCGCCGUCGUUCAGCCUGCCCUCGGCCCUCGGCUCCUCGGGGGCCCUGGCCCCUGCCGCCGCGGCCGGCUACGCUCCCGCGCCGUUCCUUCACAUCCUGCCUGCCCACCAGCAGCCUCACUCGCAGCUGCUGCACCACCACCUUCCGCAGGAUGGGCAGGGUGUCUCUGGCCAGCGCAGUCAGCCCAGCGCCAUGCAGCAGAAGUCUCAGGCCGCCAAAACCACCUACGGAGCGUCUCCAUACUGGACGAACUGACCCCAGGCAGGGAAGGACGACAGCAGGUCCAGCAGCUGAUGCUCGUUCACAGCCUCCCACACCUGCCGAGAGGCCGUCCGGCGGGGACGGGGUGGGGGGGUGAGGGCUUCCCAGCUUAGCAGCCUCUACAGGCUGAACACCGGCCCACCUUAUCUGUGUGACUCUUUACCUGCUUCUCUAUGAUUUGCUGUUGUAUGUAAUAUAUUUAAUGUAUGUAUUUGUAAAUGUAAUCGAGCCCUAAAGGUGGUUUCUGCA